AUGUUCAAUUUCGCCCGUUUCAUAGCAUGGCUGCCCCUAGUCCUUGCAGUUGGCGCCAAAUCGCCAUCCACUUCCUCGACAUUCUCGCCAGGACCUCGAGACCCUCCAACCGUGACCAUCAAGAAUGGCACAUUGAGCGGUAUCUUCAACAACCACUACAACCAGGAGCUCUUUCUCGGUAUACCCUAUGCGGCCCCGCCUGUAAAUGACCUCCGUCUGCGCAAACCCCAGCCUGCACAGCCUUGGGCCGGCAUUCGAAAGUCAGAAUCUCAUGGAGCGCGCUGCCUUAGGAACGAUAUUGGGCUGGCUGUAUUUAGUCAAAACUUCACAGGCGCAGUCAGCGAAGAUUGUCUGCACAUCAACGUUGUGCGCCCAGCAACCCAGCGUUCACCCCUACCCGUGCUUGUAUGGAUACAUGGUGGAGCAUUCCAAGAUGGAAGCGCCAGCGACGGCAGAACCAAUGGAACCUUUCUCGUACAGACGUCUGUGGAGAUGGGAACGCCAAUUAUUUUCGUCAGCUUCAAUUAUCGUCUCGGUGCUUUUGGCUUACUGGGCGGCUCGGAAAUAGAGGCUGCUGGCCUAUCUAAUAUUGCCCUUUAUGACCAGCGGCAGGCACUCCAUUGGAUCCAAGAAAAUAUUGGAUAUUUUGGUGGAGAUGCAUCACAGGUUACCAUAAUGGGCGAGUCAGCUGGUGGUAUGUCAGUUGGAUUUCAUCUCCUCGCCUUUGGAGGACGAAACGAUGGUCUUUUCCAUGCCGCAAUUGCACAAAGUGGAGGUCCGUAUACGGCACCAGUUCUCAGCUGUGACAUAUCAAAACGGCAAGCCGAUUUCAAUAUCGUAUUGAAGAAAACCGGUUGCUUAGACUCCAAAGACUCGCUGAACUGUCUACGUGCAGCUCCCUCUGAGUUACUACGACAAGCUAGCUCUCAUUUGACACCUUCAUUCGUUAUUGAUGGCGAAAUGAUUACAGCACCUAGCGAAGAACUUUUGAACUCGGGUCACUUUGCGAAAGUACCUUUACUCAUUGGUUCGACAAGAAAUGAAGGAACAUCCCUAUUACAGCAAAUGUUGGGGAUGACGGGCGCAUUUGACACUGAGGAGCACUUGAGAUCGUUUAUCCAGACUUCUUGGUCAAGAGGCCCAAUUAAUGCUACAGUCGCCCAACAUUGGGCACAAUUGUACGCUCAAGAAAUUGAGACCCCUUCGACAGCAGGUCCAGGUACCGUGAAGGUAAAUCCCGGUCCAGAGUACGGUAGCUAUUAUGGCCCGGCAACUUUGUGGCUGGGCGAUUUGAUAUUCACUGCUGGAAGGCGUUUUGCAACACAAGCAUGGGCAAGAGAAAAGGUCCCUAGCUAUAGCUUCUUGCACGACGCUAUACCAGCAAACGUCAAUCCAGAUACGCUUGGAGCUGCCCACUUUUCAGAUGUGGUAUAUAUGUUUGGGAACACAGAAGGUUUUGGCUGGGAGACAAACCCAUUCCCAGCCGAGUCCAAACUGAUGGAGAAACAUGUGAAACUCGCCGAACUCAUGAGCCGAAUGUGGAUUAGCUUCGCAACCAAGCGGAACCCGAACUUUCACAAUGUUGCCGAUUUUCAUAUCACUUGGCCAACAUAUACUACCAAACACCCUGUUAACAUGGUUUUCGAAACUACUCAAAGUCAUGUACAGGCUGAUGAUUGGCGAGCUGAAGCAAUCGGCCUGAUGUCUCUUAUUCCGGAUACCUGUCUAGCUGCAGUUGACAAAAAUCAUGAGGUCAAGCUCAUGUCGGCUGGUCCCCUCAGUUCAUCAUAG